AUGUCUCCAGUGGACGAUGGAGGCUCCAGGACUGCCCCACCUGUCCCGCCGAGAAGGCAUCGUGAGAGGCGGGUGAAGUGUGUGCUGGUCGGGGAUGGGUCGGUGGGGAAGACCAGCCUCGUGGUCAGCUACACCACCAACGGUUAUCCCACAGAGUACAUCCCAACCGCCUUCGACAACUUCUCAGCAAUGAUUUCAGUUGAUGGAUUUCCUGUUCGACUGCAGCUCUGUGACACUGCUGGACAGGAUGAGUUUGACAAGCUGCGCCCAUUGUGCUACUCCAGCGCUGAUGUCUUCAUGCUGUGCUUCAGUGUGGUCAGUCCUGUUUCCUUCCAAAAUGUUCCGGAAAAGUGGGUCCCAGAAAUACGGACUUUUGCCCCACAUGUUCCUAUAGUCCUGGUCGGGACGCAAUGUGAUCUCAGAGAAGAUGUCAAGGUCCUUAUCGACCUGGCUAAAUACAGAGAGCGACCGGUGGACGCAGCAGAGGCCAAAGACUGUGCAAUGGAGAUUGAAGCGGCGACCUACAUUGAGUGCUCUUCACUGACUCAAAAAAAUCUAAAAGAAGUGUUUGACACCGCCAUAUUAGUAAGUCUGCAGAACCGCAACUCCCACAAGUCUGUGAAAGGGAAACGAAAAAGAAAUAAGAAAUGCAAACAGACUCCCGACAAGAUGAAGAGUUUGUCAAAGUCCUGGUGGAAAACUUACUGCUGUGUUAUUUAA